UCUUCAUUCGGUGUUUGACGUGAGCGCACGAGUUGUUGCAAUUUUUAGCGAAUAGCGGAAGAUACGGUUCUUUUACAAAUCCAUUGCACAAAAUAAUGUGUAAUAUUCCGGCAACUAAAAUAAAGUUUUAAAAUUAAUUAUAUAAAUUAUCAGAACGCUUUGUUUAUUAAUCUAAAAAGUAUUUAUUGUUGUGUUAAAAGCAAAGCGCCAAGUGACAAGACAUUCAGUUAAAUUUCUCCAAAUAUUCUUGUAAGAAACGCGUGCUGCUUCACAGUCGAACGUAAACGGCGCAACUUGAAAUCGAAAGGUGUUGUAUAUGUGCGUGUGCUUAUGUGCUGGCAGAAGAAAGAUAGGAAGGAGAUAAACAAAAAAGUGCAUUUUAUAUGAAUGGCAAUUAAAUAAAUACGAGCAAGUAUAAAAACAAAACAUAUAAAAACACGUGCUAUUCACCGAACACAACAAAUUUUAAGUUGGAACCGCCAAGAAAUUGAAUUUCUUUAGCAAUUUGUGGAAACAUUUGGACGACUCAAUAACAACAUAUUAAUUAAUAACACAUAUUCACCUGUUUGUCGUAAUUUUUGACGUGUAAAAGUAUACAAAAAUGGUGCAGGCGCUCGACUAUGACUGCCACGUGCAGCAACAGGACAUCCCACAGGCCAUACAAUUGCUCGGCGAGAUGAACAGCAAUGUGAAACAGGUCACCGAUCUAGUCGAAAGCAUGUUGCAACGCGUCAAACGUGGCGAACUAACCACAGAAUACGGCCUGAGCUUUCUCGAAGUCAAAUAUCACAUGCUGCUCGAUUAUUUGAUAAAUCUAACUUAUGUAGUGUUACGCAAAUGCUCCGGCGAGACCAUCGAAGGUGAUCCAUCCAUUGAACGAUUAAUCGAAAUACGCACAGUUUUGGAGAAAAUACGACCAAUCGAUCAUAAGUUGCGCUAUCAGAUCGAUAAGCUAGUGAAGACAGCCACCACCGGCGUAUCGAGUAGUACCGAUCCGAUUUUGUAUAAGCCCAAUCCAGAUAAUAUGCUCACAAAUGCUGGCGGUGAUGACGAUGCCGAUGAGGAUGAUGAAGACGCAAGCGAAAAUUCGGCAUCCGAAAGCGAUGGCGACGAUGAGGAAGGCGAGGCUGGCGUGAAGAAACCCAAAAAGGGCGCUACAGCGGGUAAAACCGGUAUCUACGUGCCGCCCAAAAUUAAGCCAGUCUACUAUGAUGGCGAUGAGAAAUCUGCGGAUAAGGAUAAGAAGAUGAUAGAGCGUGCCAAGAAGCGUGCCAUCACCGCCUCGAUGUUGCAAGAUUUGAAGGAAGAAUAUCUCGACGCACCUACCGAACUAUCAUCCGGCUCACGCGCCCAACAACUGCUCUCCAAACAACAGAAAGAAAAACAGGAAUAUGAGGAGACCUACUUGACACGUCUGCCGGUGACCAAAGCGGAAAAGCAUCGUCAACGCAAGUUGACCACUCUAGCCACACUCGGCGAUGAGAUACUCGGCGAAAUUAGCCGCGAUCCGGCGUUGCGUGGUGAGGGCUCCAGUGGUGGCAGUAAAAAACGUAAAUUGAAGGGCAAAGGUAAAAAGCGUGGUGGCAAGAAGCGGAAGUUCCAUUAAAGCAAAGAGCACGUAAGAUUAUCGCGCGCGUAUAUAACAGCAGAAUAACAUAUACGUACACACACUUAUAUUGUAUGAGAAGCGUAAAAUUAAGCAAGUAAAAGCAAACAACAAAAAUGAUAAAAACAGUAAA